CUCUCCUCCCACCCGCGCUCCCGCCGCGCCGCGCUCCCCGGCCCCGAGCGAGCUGGCCGGCCCGGCUUCCUCCUCGCAGCCCGCGGCGUCCCCCCGGCGGAGGCGCGCCGCGAUGGCAGCGGCCGAGCGGGGCUGAGCCCGCCGCCCGCCCGCAGCCCCCAGGCCCGCGCGGGCCCCAGCCAUGGCGAAGCAGUACGAUGUGCUGUUCCGGCUGCUGCUGAUCGGGGACUCCGGGGUGGGCAAGACCUGCCUGCUGUGCCGCUUCACCGACAACGAGUUCCACUCCUCGCACAUCUCCACCAUCGGCGUGGAUUUUAAGAUGAAGACCAUAGAGGUAGAUGGCAUCAAAGUACGAAUACAGAUUUGGGACACAGCGGGGCAGGAGAGAUAUCAGACCAUCACAAAGCAGUACUACCGACGGGCCCAGGGAAUAUUUUUAGUCUACGACAUUAGCAGCGAGCGCUCUUACCAGCACAUCAUGAAGUGGGUCAGUGAUGUGGAUGAGUAUGCACCAGAAGGUGUCCAGAAGAUUCUUAUAGGGAAUAAGGCUGAUGAAGAGCAGAAGCGGCAGGUGGGAAGGGAGCAAGGGCAGCAGCUAGCUAAGGAGUAUGGCAUGGACUUCUAUGAAACAAGUGCCUGCACCAACCUCAACAUUAAAGAGUCUUUCACGCGGCUGACGGAGCUGGUGCUGCAGGCCCACAGGAAGGAGCUGGAUGGUCUCCGGACACGCGCCAGCAACGAGUUGGCAUUGGCCGAGCUGGAGGAGGAAGAGGGCAAACCUGAGGGCCCAGUGAACUCUUCGAAAGCCUGCUGGUGCUGAGGGUCCUGCGUGGAGCACCCACCGAUCCCCCUCCCCUCGGGAGGCCUGUGGCAGACAGGGAGUCCAGGCUUUGCCCUGCUUCUCCUCUCACUCGGGUGACCCUGUGGAAUACCAGUAGCUGCUACUCCCCUGCCUGGCCCUGAGAGCAGCCCCGCUGUCAUCUCAGAACAGCCUCUGCCCCCGCCCUCCAGCCUGGAGGGGCUCCCUCCUGCCUGUUUGCCCGCCACAGGCCUGCCACGAGCCCCCCCGGUAUGCUGCGGGCGCGGUCUCACCGCCCCAGGCGCCCGGACAGUGGCCCCGUCUGGAGUGAGGCCACUCCAAGGUUCCUUCUUUCUCAGUGCAUCCUGUCUCCUCGCUGCUUUUCCUCUCUUCCUCCCACCUCUCUUUCUCGUCCCCUUCCCCCUUCCAGUGUGUUCUGUAUCAAAGCCCCUCACACCUCUUUCCCUCACCGUACUGCUGUGUGGCUGCCGGGGCAGCUUCUUCCUUUCCUUUCUUCCUAACCCUGUCCAAGGGAAUGGACUCAGGCUCAUGGGGAUGUUCCACACGCUUCUUCUGGGAGAACCCCCCACCCUGCUUUGUGAAGGGGCCAAAGCCUACGGGGUGCUUCUUCCUAUCUUCCCCACCCCACCGCCCCUUCCCGUGCUGUGGGCCUGCCUCACCAGUGAUCGGGGAAAAUGGAACAUCAAGGUAGGAAGGAAACACCAAACUGGUGGUUCUCAAGACUGGGGCUGUCCCACCUUUCCCUGCCUGCCCCCCAAGUCCCCCCCUCCCAGCUUUGGCCUUGCUUGGCCGCCUGCCCACCUGCUUCUUGCGGAAAGUGAGCUCAGAAGCAGGUGCUUCAGAAAAGAAAAAAAAAAUGUCGAGAGGAGGCAGGGAUAAAGGUCACCUCCAUUCUCUACCUCCCGUGCAGUGUGUACACAAUUUCUCUCCACCUGGGCUCCUGAGUUUAAAGAUGUGUACCAAGGCCUCAGGGCACUGCAGGAAAGGCAAGGAAGGAAAGAGGGGGCGAGGCCAGUGAUGUUGAUGCUGACGAGCCAACCACACACCCCAGAAAGGGGAGUGUUUGGACAUAAAGUACUAGCCCCUGUAUAUCAGGUGAAAGUGAGGGAGAGGAGGCCAGAGGGGAAUAUGGCAGCAACUUCCAUUUCUGUGUAAGAAGGGCGUUUCCCCACGACCCCUCGGCACGUGAGAGGUGAUGUAACCACUGAACCCAGCCUUCCGUGCUCAAGGUUUUCCUGAGACUCAAAGUCUGUGGGAGAAGGGCAGGGGCUUCCUGGGGAGAGAGAAGGAAGGCCCCGGGUAGAAAUGCUUGGUGCUGUUCUCUUCAGCCUUCUAGACAAAGUGCUCAUCUUGCCCCUCUAGCUCCCUGAAGAGGAGCCACCUGCACUGUGGCUGCAGGGGGAGGGAAGUGGACUCCUUCCUCCAGAGCUCUUUGUUCAGGAAGAAGUUUCUUUAACCCCACAUGGCCCAAAGGUGGCUUGAAGGAGGCGCUUUAAAGAAGGGGCAAGUCAGUGACGGGCCCUGGUGGGUUUCUUCCCCACCUUCCCAGGGUUGGAGGCUCCUUCUUAAGCUACAUAUUAGCUGCAUCACAUGGCUCGGGCUGGAGCUAAAACAAGGACUUGAGCACUGAACGUUCACCGACGAAGGGCCGAAGUCCAGGGCCCACGUGUGUGAAGGAUUAAGAGCCCUGCUUCCUUAUUCCUCAAAAAAAAAAAAAAAAAAAAAAAAAAGGUGGGGAAGAAAUCACCAAGCCUUUCCUCCUGACUCUUAGAGUAGGAGAGGGUAGCUCAGGAUGUAGGACCAGGGAUAGGCUAACAUAGUGGAAGGAAGAGGAGGGCAGGGAUAGUUAUAAAUUGUUAGCUGAUGAGAAACUUAGAUAGCAGACUCUUUUGGAUGAAGUCAUGAUAUGGCUGGGAUGCUUCCUUGAGGACUGACUCCUCGGGUGUCAAGACACAGCAUCACACCAGGGGUGGGGCGACGGUAACGCCAGCCCUCGGGGUGCCGGCAGCCAGGGGCUUCAGAGAGCAGAUGUUUUGCUGGGCACUGGCUCCAACCUGUGGACCCAUAUCGCAGUGUUCCCUGAAGGUCAGGCAGAACAUGUGUCUUUCUCUUCCAGCCCCCUCGGGACAGAGGGACUAAUUUUUACUAUACCUAGGGGUUCUGGAAGGGAAAACACAGAGUGGAGAUUUUAUGAACCAAUGAGCCCCAUCCACCAGGGCCACAGCUGGGGAGAGGUAUGGGAGCAGCAGGGUUGGAGCUUUAGGGUCAGCUACGCCCACCGGGUAUCGGAGUCAGCCUCUCACCCCUAAACUUCUCCAGUCCGGGAGGUGGCCUGGGAUCUGGCCUUAGGCCCAGACUGUUGAGCAGGCGCUCCUGCCUGUUUACUCCUCACCACCUCUGCACCUGCUGUCUUGAGACUCAGCACAGCCCCAGGCAUUCCACAUGCUCCCAGGCCCCCACCAUCUCCCUGUGAUGGGUGAACUUCGUGUACCGUGUCUUGGGUCCAAUAUAUGAAUUGUGAGCAGGGUUCAUCUAUUUUAAACACAGAUGUUUACAAAAUAAAAAAUAUUUCAAACCACAGGUGUGGCUGCCUAUA